AUGAUAAACCCUCUCCUCCUCUCCGUUCACCUCCUCUCCUCCCCUCCGUUCAACUCCUCUCCUCCCCUCCGUUCACCUCCUCUCCUCCCCUCCGUUCAACUCCUCUCCUCCCCUCCGUUCACCUCCUCUCCUCCCCUCCGUUCAACUCCUCUCCUCUCCUCCGUUCACCUCCUCUCCUCCCCUCCGUUCAACUCCUCUCCUCCCCUCCGUUCACCUCCUCUCCUCCCCUUCGUUCAACUCCUCUCCUCCCCUCCGUUCACCCCCUCUCCUCCCCUCCGUUCAACUCCUCUCCUCCCCUCCGUUCAACUCCUCUCCUCCCCUCCGUUUAACUCCUCUCCUCCCCUCCGUUCAACUCCUCUCCUCCCCUCCGUUCACCUCCUCUCCUCCCCUCCGUUCAACUCCUCUCCUCCUCUCCGUUCACCUCCUCUCCUCCCCUCCGUUCAACUCCUCUCCUCCCCUCCGUUCAACUCCUCUCCUCCCCUCCGUUCACCUCCUCUCCUCCCCUCCGUUCAACUCCUCUCCUCCCCUCCGUUCACCUCCUCUCCUCCCCUCCGUUCAACUCCUCUCCUCCCCUCCGUUCACCUCCUCUCCUCCCCUCCGUUCAACUCCUCUCCUCCCCUCCGUUCAACUCCUCUCCUUCCCUCCGUUCAACUCCUCUCCUCCCCUCCGUUCACCUCCUCUCCUCCCCUCUGUUCAACUCCUCUCCUCCCCUCCGUUCACCUCCUCUCCUCCCCUCCGUUCACCUCCUCUCCUCCCCUCCGUUCAACUCCUCUCCUCCCCUCCGUUCAACUCCUCUCCUCCCCUCCGUUCACCUCCUCUCCUCCCCUCCGUUCAACUCCUCUCCUCCCCUCCGUUCACCUCCUCUCCUCCCCUUCGUUCAACUCCUCUCCUCCUCUCCGUUCACCUCCUCUCCUCCCCUCCGUUCACCUCCUCUCCUCCCCUCCGUUCAACUCCUCUCCUCCCCUCCGUUCAACUCCUCUCCUCCCCUCCGUUCACCUCCUCUCCUCCCCUCCGUUCACCUCCUCUCCUCCCCUCCAUUUAACUCCUCUCCUCCCCUCCGUUCACCUCCUCUCCUCCCCUUCGUUCAACUCCUCUCCUCCUCUCCGUUCACCUCCUCUCCUCCCCUCCGUUCACCUCCUCUCCUCCCCUCCGUUCAACUCCUCUCCUCCCCUCCGUUCAACUCCUCUCCUCCCCUCCGUUCACCUCCUCUCCUCCCCUCCGUUCACCUCCUCUCCUCCCCUCCGUUCAACUCCUCUCCUCCCCUCCGUUCACCUCCUCUCCUCCCCUCCGUUCAACUCCUCUCCUCCCCUCCGUUCACCUCCUCUCCUCCCCUCCGUUCAACUCCUCUCCUCCCCUCCGUUUAACUCCUCUCCUCCCCUCCGUUCAACUCCUCUCCUCCCCUCCGUUCACCUCCUCUCCUCCCCUCCGUUCAAAUCCUCUCCUCCCCUCCGUUCACCUCGUCUCCUCCCUCCGUUCAACUCCUCUCCUCCCCUCCGUUCACCUCCUCUCCUCCCCUCUGUUCAACUCCUCUCCUCCCCUCCGUUAACCUCCUCUCCUCCCCUACGUUCAACUCCUCUCCUCCACUCCGUUCACCUCCUCUCCUCCCCUCCGUUCAACUCCUCUCCUCCCCUCCGUUCAACUCCUCUCCUCCCCUCCAUUCACCUCCUCUCCUCCCCUCCGUUCAACUCCUCUCCUCCCCUCCGUUCACCUCCUCUCCUCCCCUCCGUUCAACUCCUCUCCUCCUCUCCGUUCACCUCCUCUCCUCCCCUCCGUUCAACUCCUCUCCUCCCCUCCGUUCAACUCCUCUCCUCCCCUCCGUUCACCUCCUCUCCUCCCCUCCGUUUAACUCCUCUCCUCCCCUCCGUUCAACUCCUCUCCUCCCCUCCGUUCACCUCCUCUCCUCCCCUCCGUUCAACUCCUCUCCUCCUCUCCGUUCACCUCCUCUCCUCCCCUCCGUUCAACUCCUCUCCUCCCCUCCGUUCAACUCCUCUCCUCCCCUCCGUUCACCUCCUCUCCUCCCCUCCGUUCAACUCCUCUCCUCCCCUCCGUUCACCUCCUCUCCUCCCCUCCGUUCAACUCCUCUCCUCCCCUCCGUUCACCUCCUCUCCUCCCCUCCGUUCAACUCCUCUCCUCCCUCCGUUCAACUCCUCUCCUUCCCUCCGUUCAACUCCUCUCCUCCCCUCCGUUCACCUCCUCUCCUCCCCUCCGUUCAGCUCCUCUCCUCCCCUCCGUUCACCUCCUCUCCUCCCCUCCGUUCAACUCCUCUCCUCCCCUCCGUUCAACUCCUCUCCUCCCCUCCGUUCACCUCCUCUCCUCCCCUCCGUUCAACUCCUCUCCUCCCCUCCGUUCACCUCCUCUCCUCCCCUCCGUUCAACUCCUCUCCUCCCCUCCGUUCAACUCCUCUCCUCCCCUCCGUUCAACUCCUCUCCUCCCCUCCGUUCACCUCCUCUCCUCCCCUCCGUUCAACUCCUCUCCUCCCCUCCGUUCACCUCCUCUCCUCCCCUCCGUUCAACUCCUCUCCUCCCCUCCGUUCAACUCCUCUCCUCCCCUCCGUUCACCUCCUCUCCUCCCCUCCGUUCAACUCCUCUCCUCCCCUCCGUUCACCUCCUCUCCUCCCCUUCGUUCAACUCCUCUCCUCCUCUCCGUUCACCUCCUCUCCUCCCCUCCGUUCACCUCCUCUCCUCCCCUCCGUUCAACUCCUCUCCUCCCCUCCGUUCAACUCCUCUCCUCCCCUCCGUUCACCUCCUCUCCUCCCCUCCGUUCACCUCCUCUCCUCCCCUCCAUUUAACUCCUCUCCUCCCCUCCGUUCACCUCCUCUCCUCCCCUUCGUUCAACUCCUCUCCUCCUCUCCGUUCACCUCCUCUCCUCCCCUCCGUUCACCUCCUCUCCUCCCCUCCGUUCAACUCCUCUCCUCCCCUCCGUUCAACUCCUCUCCUCCCCUCCGUUCACCUCCUCUCCUCCCCUCCGUUCACCUCCUCUCCUCCCCUCCGUUCAACUCCUCUCCUCCCCUCCGUUCACCUCCUCUCCUCCCCUCCGUUCAACUCCUCUCCUCCCCUCCGUUCACCUCCUCUCCUCCCCUCCGUUCAACUCCUCUCCUCCCCUCCGUUUAACUCCUCUCCUCCCCUCCGUUCAACUCCUCUCCUCCCCUCCGUUCACCUCCUCUCCUCCCCUCCGUUCAAAUCCUCUCCUCCCCUCCGUUCACCUCGUCUCCUCCCCUCCGUUCAACUCCUCUCCUCCCCUCCGUUCACCUCCUCUCCUCCCCUCUGUUCAACUCCUCUCCUCCCCUCCGUUAACCUCCUCUCCUCCCCUACGUUCAACUCCUCUCCUCCACUCCGUUCACCUCCUCUCCUCCCCUCCGUUCAACUCCUCUCCUCCCCUCCGUUCAACUCCUCUCCUCCCCUCCAUUCACCUCCUCUCCUCCCCUCCGUUCAACUCCUCUCCUCCCCUCCGUUCACCUCCUCUCCUCCCCUCCGUUCAACUCCUCUCCUCCUCUCCGUUCACCUCCUCUCCUCCCCUCCGUUCAACUCCUCUCCUCCCCUCCGUUCAACUCCUCUCCUCCCCUCCGUUCACCUCCUCUCCUCCCCUCCGUUGAACUCCUCUCCUCCCCUCCGUUCAACUCCUCUCCUCCCCUCCGUUCACCUCCUCUCCUCCCCUCCGUUCAACUCCUCUCCUCCUCUCCGUUCACCUCCUCUCCUCCCCUCCGUUCAACUCCUCUCCUCCCUCCGUUCAACUCCUCUCCUCCCCUCCGUUCACCUCCUCUCCUCCCCUCCGUUCAACUCCUCUCCUCCCCUCCGUUCACCUCCUCUCCUCCCCUCCGUUCAACUCCUCUCCUCCCCUCCGUUCACCUCCUCUCCUCCCCUCCGUUCAACUCCUCUCCUCCCCUCCGUUCAACUCCUCUCCUUCCCUCCGUUCAACUCCUCUCCUCCCCUCCGUUCACCUCCUCUCCUCCCCUCCGUUCAGCUCCUCUCCUCCCCUCCGUUCACCUCCUCUCCUCCCCUCCGUUCAACUCCUCUCCUCCCCUCCGUUCAACUCCUCUCCUCCCCUCCGUUCACCUCCUCUCCUCCCCUCCGUUCAACUCCUCUCCUCCCCUCCGUUCACCUCCUCUCCUCCCCUCCGUUCAACUCCUCUCCUCCCCUCCGUUCAACUCCUCUCCUCCCCUCCGUUCAACUCCUCUCCUCCCCUCCGUUCACCUCCUCUCCUCCCCUCCGUUCAACUCCUCUCCUCCCCUCCGUUCACCUCCUCUCCUCCCCUCCGUUCAACUCCUCUCCUCCCCUCCGUUCACCUCCUCUCCUCCCCUCCGUUCAACUCCUCUCCUCCCCUCCGCUUAACUCCUCUCCUCCCCUCCGUUCAACUCCUCUCCUCCCCUCCGUUCACCUCCUCUCCUCCCCUCCGUUCAACUCCUCUCCUCCCCUCCGUUCACCUCGUCUCCUCCCCUCCGUUCACCUCCUCUCCUCCCCUCCGUUCACCUCCUCUCCUCCCCUCUGUUCAACUCCUCUCCUCCCCUCCGUUCAGCUCCUCUCCUCCCCUCCGUUCACCUCCUCUCCUCCCUCCGUUCACCUCCUCUCCUCCCCUCCGUUCAACUCCUCUCCUCCCCUCCGUUCACCUCCUCUCCUCCCCUCCGUUCAACUCCUCUCCUCCCCUCCGUUCACCUCCUCUCCUCCCCUCCGUUCAACUCCUCUCCUCCCCUCCGUUCAACUCCUCUCCUCCCCUCCGUUCACCUCCUCUCCUCCCCUUUGUUCACCUCCUCUCCUCCCCUCCGUUCAACUCCUCUCCUCCCCUCCGUUCACCUCCUCUCCUCCCCUUUGUUCACCUCCUCUCCUCCCCUCCGUUCAACUCCUCUCCUCCCCUCCGUUCAACUCCUCUCCUCCCCUCCGUUCAACUCCUCUCCUCCCCUCCGUUCACCUCCUCUCCUCCCCUCCGUUCACCUCCUCUCCUCCCCUCCGUUCACCUCCUCUCCUCCUCUCCGUUCAACUCCUCUCCUCCCCUCCGUUCAACUCCUCUCCUCCCCUCCGUUCACCUCCUCUCCUCCCCUCCGUUCAACUCCUCUCCUCCCCUCCGUUCACCUCCUCUCCUCCCCUGCGUUCAACUCCUCUCCUCCCCUCCGUUCACCUCCUCUCCUCCCCUCCGUUCAACUCCUCUCCUCCCCUCCGUUUAACUCCUCUCCUCCCCUCCGUUCAACUCCUCUCCUCCCCUCCGUUCACCUCCUCUCCUCCCCUCCGUUCAACUCCUCUCCUCCCCUCCGUUCACCUCGUCUCCUCCCCUCCGUUCAACUCCUCUCCUCCCCUCCGUUCACCUCCUCUCCUCCCCUCUGUUCAACUCCUCUCCUCCCCUCCGUUAACCUCCUCUCCUCCCCUACGUUCAACUCCUCUCCUCCACUCCGUUCACCUCCUCUCCUCCCCUCCGUUCAACUCCUCUCCUCCCCUCCGUUCAACUCCUCUCCUCCCCUCCAUUCACCUCCUCUCCUCCCCUCCGUUCAACUCCUCUCCUCCCCUCCGUUCACCUCCUCUCCUCCCCUCCGUUCAACUCCUCUCCUCCCCUCCGUUCACCUCCUCUCCUCCCCUCCGUUCAACUCCUCUCCUCCCCUCCGUUCAACUCCUCUCCUCCCUCCAUUCACCUCCUCUCCUCCCCUCCGUUCAACUCCUCUCCUCCCCUCCGUUCAACUCCUCUCCUCCCCUCCGUUCACCUCCUCUCCUCCCCUCCGUUCAACUCCUCUCCUCCCCUCCGUUCAACUCCUCUCCUCCCCUCCAUUCACCUCCUCUCCUCCCCUCCGUUCACCUCCUCUCCCCCCCUCCGUUCAACUCCUCUCCUCCCCGCCGUUCACCUCCUCUCCUCCCCUUCGUUCACCUUCUCUCCUCCCCUCUGCUCAACUCUCCUCCCCUGCCUGGAGAGGGCUGGCUUGAGUUUCUCGGCCUUUCUGUGGGGCUGGGCGGCGUCUCGUACGGCGGGGUGAUCAUGCUACAGUACACCGUGCUGGUCGCCACAGGUACUGCCAUCUGUCUGGGGCUUUGGCGUAUUGAGGUGUAUCACCCCACCCCGUUUCGAGGAGGGGCGAAUGGGGGAGGCUACCUGCUGAACAACUACGAGUCGUUUGCCAUCACAGUGGGCGCCAUUCUCCUCUGCGGCAUUCUCAACUCCUUCUCCAUCAAGUUCAUCGGCCGCCUUGCCGUCGUCAGUGCCGUCUAUCAGUUCAUCGGCCGUGUGGCCGUGAUGAGCGCUGAUGAUUACCAGACGGGUUUCCCCUUCCACAUGGGUUUCCCCUUUGAGCAGAUGAUUCUGCUCCCCUCGCUACUGCCAAUGGGUCUCGCCAUAGUCAUCAUGAUUCUGCUGCCGUCGGUAGCGCCAGUGCACCAGAGUGCCUCCUUCGUCUUCACUCACCACCACGUGCAGCUGGACGUGUCUCUGCUGCCCACUAUGGCAAGUUUCGAGGCGCCUCAAAAACGCCUCUCACCUGCGUGCCCCUCCUCUCACUUUGAUACCCAUUGCUGCACAUCCCCCUUCCAAUCCCCCCCCCGGGCCUACGCCUUCAUAGCAGCCAUGCAGCUGUCCCAGUACUCCCUCUACGCAUACGACACCGCCGCCCACAUAGCAGAAGAAAUCAAGAGCUCUAACCACACGUUCUCUGCCAGCCAGCAUGGCAGAGACACGCACCCGCCACCACCCACAUGCAACUCCAUCUAUUCCCUCUCUCACCUUCCCUCCCUUCCCCUCUGGACCCUGCCCAGGCCGAUGCAGCUAUCGCAGUACUCCCUCUACGCAUACGACACAGUGGCCCACAUGGCAGAGGAGACCAAGCGCUCCGAUCGCGCGUCCCCAGCCAGCAUGGUGCUCUGCCUGUCCGCGGUCAGCCUGCUCGCGUGGGGGCUGCUCGUCGCCUUCACCUUCUGCAUUCAGAACGACGACAACCUCACCAGCCCGGACAGCGUUACGGCCGGCAAUCAGAUCCUGGUUACCAUCAUCUGGGAGGCCUUUUUCGCUCGUCUUGGCAACGACACAGGGGUGGUGGUGGUCGUGCUUUUGCUCAUCCACUCUCAUCGUCUUUUGAGGCGCCUCAAAAGUCCUGUGCAGGGGUUAUGUUCCCCACCAGCUGGGCAGUGGCAGUGCUCUCACGCAUCUGCAUUGCCCUCCUCUUCCUCCCCCCACAGGUUUGGCAGCGGCACAGGGGCGGUGGUGGUGCUCUCGCUCAUCUACAUCGCCUUCCUCUUCCAUCCUCCCAUGCACCCCCCCUCGUGCUACCGUGUGUUGCUGUCCCCUCUUGUGCCUGUCUCCUGCAACAGCUUCGGCAGUGGCACAGGGGCGGUGGUGGUGCUCUCACUCAUCUACAUCGCCUUCCUCUUUGGCGUCUUCGCCGGCAUUCUUGGCGCCUCCCGCGCGGCCUACGCCAUAUCGCGAGACAAGGGCCUGCCAUUCGCGCUCAUCUGGCGGCGGGUGAACCGAGACAAGACGCCCAUCUACUCCGUGUGGCUGUGCUGUGGCGUCGCCAUCCUCUUCUCCCUGCCACUCCUCAAGGACUCUUUCCUCUUCUCCGCCAUCACCUCCCUCGCCACCGUCGCCUGGGUGGGCGGCUAUGCUGUCCCCAUCUUCUUUCGGCUCAUUCAAAGGGAGGAGGACUUUGAACCGGGCCCGUUCUACCUCUCUAAAUACGUCGGCGUGUGGGGCAGACCUUUCAAGACUUGCCUUGCCUUGCUGCAAUGCUCUGCCUCGACGGCGCUGCUCAUUCACCCCUCCUCCCUAAACCAUGGACCCGUGGGCGUGAUCUUCGCCCCCGCAUCAUCCACAAUCUCUCCGCUCAGCAGCACCGUCGUUGCCCCCAUGCGGAACCCCUUCUUGGCACUCGCUGCCAUUGCUCGCGAAGAGGAGGAGGAGGAGGAGGAGAAGAAGAAGAAGGAGGUGGAGGAGGAGGAGGAGGAGGAGGAGGAGGAGGAGGAGGAGGAGGAGGAGGAGGAGGAGGAGGAGGAGGAGGAGGAGGAGACGGAGGCGGAUGGGUGGAGCAGUGAUUGUUGGUAUGCCUGGGAGCUGCACUAG